AAAAUGGCKGCCACGAGGGUUCGAAACUUUGAGGCUUURCUCAAAUUCAAGAUUAAAAGUCCAGAAAGACGGAAAAAUUUAUACAAAAAUUUAAUYACAGCUCUUGUGCAACAUGAGAGAAUUGAAACUACGUUGUGCAGAUGUCAGGAYAUGUCGCGAGUUGCAGAGAGGCUUAUUGAUCUUGCAAAGGAAGGAGAUGAAGCAACCAUCAAUAGUUGGCUAAUGAAAAAAGAAUUAGUGCCCAAAGUGUUUGGCGAAUUACUACCAAGAUACCACACUAUGACAAGUGGAUACACAAGAGUGUUUAGAAUUCCACCAAGAAAGGAAGAUUCUGCAAAAAUGGGAAUAGUUGAAUUUGUWGGCAAUAAUCUACCACAGCUAUUACCUGAUGAAGAAGAAUUGAGAAGGCUUAAACUUGAAAAACUUAGACAAAUACAGAAAUAUGAAGUACCUUUAGAAGGUACCCCUGUGUGAUAAUAGCACAGAACACCAAAUGAAAUGUUGUAAAUAUAAAAAAGGAAUACCAGAGCUGAUUGUCAGCUAACCAAAGAAAACUGGUCAACAGAUGACUGACAAUUGAGUUUUGCUAGACAUCAUKUCCUCUUACUUGUCCCUGUUAUGUUUUACUUUGUUCUAUAAAAACUUGACCUGAAUCAGUUAGAGCUCAUCASUUACGAGCCUUAGCCUCCUUCAUAGUCAGGACAUUAAUGUAGAUUGGGCAAACUAUAUCUGUGUGACCRGGCCAAGGUCCUCAUUCGAGAGUAUUUGACUCUCACUAGUGGAUGAUUGUCAUAACCUCACAAAGUUACGGUUAGAGUAUGUAACUCUGAUUUCAACUAAAUAGACUAYAUAUUACAUUUAUACCCAGACAAACAGAACCUUACUGCUUGUAGGGUAGGACAGAACUGGUUUAAUCACAUGUAACACAAGCUUAUACAACGACGAAGCGAUUUCCGGAACGCGCAAAUUGAUUGACAGGAAUAUUUUACAUGACAUUGAYGAAAGACAAACACUUUUAAAAUAACGAACUAUUAAUGUCAUUUGAAGUUUACAAAAACUUCACUUGCUCACAUCUGUAACAAAGCUGGUUCUUUGGCUCAAGUUUUCUUGAUUUAACUCCCAGGAAUGGUAAUAAUUAAAACACAUUAAUAAAC